AUGGAACUUUUGUCAUUAGAGCGUAUUUGCUUCAUUUCUCAAAGCCAUUUUUUCAACUUUUUCAGAUGAACUAUUUUUCAGACAAGUUGCGGACCGGUUGAAGCUGGGCCAGUCGGUGGAGCCGGAAACUUUCGAAAGCGUUACGAUUUUCUUCUCCGAUGUCGUUUCUUUCACGACGCUCGCCAGCAAAUGUACUCCUCUUCAGGUGUGAAACAGUGGAUUCAUCAACGUGUUUCAAUAUUUCACGUAAAGCAGGAGUGUUCGAUAACAAGUUUAUACGAAUAUGAAUGAGUUUUCCUUGAAAUUCGAAAUUCUAAGUUUAAUUCUCCAUGGAGCACAUAUUUCCGGAUACUAAACGGCUCUUCUUUCACAUCGACUUAUUUUUAUCCUUUCCAGGUAGUGAACUUGCUCAACGACCUCUAUACGAUCUUCGACAGCAUCAUCGACGAGCACGACGCUUAUAAAGUUCGAACAUUUAUUAUAAAGGUUCAUCUUAAGGUCAAAGUUGAGGUCGAAACAAUCGGUGAUGGAUAUCUUUGCGUUUCUGGGCUCCCGAAACGAAAUGGACAGGAACAUAUUAAUAAUAUUGCCAGCAUGUCUUUGGCCCUGUUGGAGGCAAGUUCCAGGCGUUUUAUUUCUCAUUAAGUGAUCACUUUAGGGGUUGAAAGGCUUCCGGAUAGCUCAUCUGCCGGCUGAACGAGUCAAUAUCCGGAUCGGCAUGCAUUCGGGUAAACUUUUUUUUGAACUUUGUCUGGAAAAGUCUCUUUUUUCAUGCAUUUAUGCAUUUUUAUCCUUGGAGCGCAUUUUCUUUCAUUUCCACGGCUUAUUUCUCAGGUUCUUGUGUUGCUGGCGUCGUCGGCUUGACCAUGCCGAGAUACUGCCUUUUUGGUGACACGGUGAACACGGCGAGCCGUAUGGAGAGCAAUGGGAAACGUAAUCUGGAGCGUCGUUAAAAAAAAAAACAAAUCUGAUUUUAGCCGGUCAUAUUCAUUUGUCCCCGGACGCCAAUGAACUCCUGAAUGACCUUUAUCCUGACUAUGUGACCGAGAAUCGAGGAGAAGUUAUCAUUAAGGUAAUUUUUUUAAACUAAAAAUUUUUUUACUAGAGGGUCAUUCAUUAAAAAAACUUGAAUAUCUUUUCUCCUAGUACAAAAACUUCAAUUUGAUUAAGUUUACAAAAAGGUAUUGUAGCAAAAUACGCAGAAAAGGGCGGUAGGAAAAUGAAAGGAAAAAUUUUGUAGGAAUGUUCGCUCCAUUGACAAAAAAGAUUUGCGCGGGAAAAUUGACAUUUGAAUUGUUGAUUUUUUUUUUUCACGUUUGUCAGUUUUAAAAGAAAAUUUCUUAGGAAAUAUCGAAUUUGCGCGAUGUUUAAUAAGUUAAAAGUUGAAAAUCUAGGUCUUGAGCAAUGUAUGCUCUGAUGAAAAAUGCGCGGGAAACCAAGAUUCAAAUUUCUUGAAUAGUUUUACAACCCAAGGUCCAUUGAAAUUCUGUUUCUAAAAAAAUCAGUGAAACUUGUUUUAUUGACUGAUUUUCCAGGGAAAAGGAGUGAUGCAGACGUUUUGGCUUCUGGGCCGACGUCACGAUAUGCCUAUUGAUCGUCGAGUUUCAGGGUAAAUCUUCAAAUGAAAUAUUGAUUGCUGAUUGAUCCAAAAAAUCGAUUUCAGACCACACGUCGUCGAAAAGCGGUUUAAAAUCCGAUCAUCCAUCGAAACGGCUUGA